GACUGAUAUUUGUGCUGCAAGCCCAGAAGUUUACUUUUUACAAUUUGUGCUACCCAUCAUGGAAUCUGAAAUCCAGGCACAAAUUCCUGGUAUUGAUCAUGUGAUAUCAGAAUAUUCAGUGGGCUAUCUCACCCAUGCCUCCAAAGCCUAUGUAGAGGACAUGGAUCCCACAGCUCCAUCACCUUUGUCAGAAGCAGCGGAAACUGUAACUUCUUUAUUACUGUCUGCUUCUGGAGACUUCAGUUCCGAAAAUGAAACCACAAUCCGGAACUUGGUGGAGAAAUUCAUCUCCUCAUUAAGCGCCGCAAAUGGUGUUGAUCCGGAACGUAGGCAAAUGCCCUUUGCUGCUAAAAAGCUCGACCAAACGAUCCAUGUGGGAUCUCAAAGGAAUAUCUCUUCGACCUUAGGUUUGACAGGUGUUGCUGUUGACCUUGAGGCAGCUGCAUCCAGAAAGGUCGAGUCCCGUGUGGACAAAAAGAAGCUAGAAAAGGCAGAAAGGAAAAUCCGAGCCAAACAAGAUAAGAAGACUAUGAAAAAUGUCGAGUAUGAGGCUUCAAAACUCAUCAAUCAACCUGAUGCUACGCAAUCGUACGAAGAGUUUUUCAUGGCUGUUAACCCUCUACAAUUGGGGUCCGACUCACAGUCAAAGAGCAAAGACAUUAAAGUGGAUGGAAUAGACAUCUCUAUCGCGGGAAAUCGGAUAUUAACAGAUACCUCUUUAACUUUAGCUUAUGGGAGGCGCUAUGGUCUAGUUGGCCAGAACGGAAUUGGAAAAAGUACACUGUUGCGAGCCCUUAGUCGUAGAGAGGUUGCUAUUCCAACACACAUUUCCAUCCUCCACGUGGAACAGGAGAUAAGGGGUGAUGAUACACCAGCCUUACAGGCGGUUCUCGAUGCCGACGUUUGGCGAAAGCGUCUCCUAGAAGACCAAAACAAAAUUACAUCCCAACUCGCAAAUAUUGAUGCGGAGAGAUCGACUAUGGCAGAUACUUCCAAAGAUGCAUUAAGAUUAGACCAAGAACGAGAGGCUCUUGAUACCACCCUCGCCGAUAUCCACGCUAAAUUAGCGGAAAUGGAAUCAGACAAGGCUGAACCACGGGCAGCAAGUAUUCUGGCAGGACUGGGCUUCUCCCCAGAGCGACAGCAAUACGCUACGAAAACAUUUUCCGGAGGUUGGCGAAUGCGAUUGGCCUUGGCUCGUGCUCUGUUUUGCGAACCUGAUCUUCUACUGCUUGACGAACCGUCAAAUAUGUUGGACGUCCCGUCUAUCACAUUCUUGUCGAACUAUCUACAAACAUAUCCAAGCACCGUUCUGGUCGUUUCUCACGACCGAGCUUUUCUAAAUGAGGUGGCUACCGAUAUUAUCCACCAACAUUCAGAAAGAUUGGAUUACUAUAGAGGAGCAAAUUUCGAUUCGUUCUAUGCUACCAAGGAAGAGCGGAAGAAAAAUGCAAAGAGAGAGUAUGAGAACCAAAUGGCACAGAGAGCGCACUUGCAAGCUUUCAUUGAUAAAUUCAGGUACAAUGCUGCCAAAGCGGCUGAAGCUCAGUCGAGAAUUAAGAAGCUUGAGCGGAUGCCAGUCCUUACUCCCCCAGAGAACGAAUACGUGGUUCACUUCAAAUUCCCUGAUGUGGAGAAGCUGUCACCUCCUAUCGUCCAAAUGUCCGAAGUCUCUUUUGGAUACACGAAAGACAAGGUUUUGUUAAAAAAUGUCGACCUUGACGUGCAGUUAGAUUCGAGAAUAGGUAUUGUCGGGCCUAAUGGGGCGGGAAAAACGACGGUUUUGAAACUUCUUACUGGUCAACUACAGCCCUCGUCUGGACUUAUAUCUCAGCACCCCAGACUCCGGGUUGGGUUUUUUGCCCAGCAUCAUGUUGACGCCCUGGAUAUGAACACGAGCGCUGUAGGCUUCAUGGCCAAGAAUUAUCCGGGAAAAACGGAGGAAGAGUAUAGACGACAUCUAGGAGCUUUCGGCAUUACUGGCAUGACUGGCCUUCAAAAGCUGGAGCUCUUAUCUGGAGGUCAAAAGUCCCGUGUGGCAUUUGCAUGCAUAUCGUUAACCAAUCCUCACAUUUUGGUCCUGGACGAACCGUCCAACCAUCUCGAUAUCGAAGCGAUGGAUGCGCUUUCUGAGGCACUUCAAAACUUCCAGGGUGGCGUUCUGAUUGUGUCCCACGAUGUCACCCUACUCCAAAACGUUUGUACAAGUUUGUGGGUGUGUGAUGGUGGUACAGUGGAGAAAUUCCCAGGGGACGUGAAUGCUUAUAAAAAGAGGAUUUCAGAGCAGGCAAACGCAGCCGGUGUUGUUGCCGCUCAUUGAGCCUUAGUGUAAGCCCCUAAUACUGGCGAAAUUACUGGAGAGCAAGUUCGCCUUCGCUUUUAUAGUAUAUUUGCUAAUAACCACCUU